UCCAUUAGAACGCUCGUGUGUCACUCAAGUGGAAAGCCUGGAGCAGGCACAUGUGCACUGAGCAAAAACACCAGAAGUCGCAGUCUGCUGAGCUCCUGAAGACGGAUUGCAGCUAUUUGUGAAACAAAAAGUGAAAGCUCUGCUGUAAACUGCUGGUCUGAAUUACGAGAAGUCACGAGUAAAUGAGGGACUGUAUUGGAACUGGCUGUGCCUGCAUGAAGUGAAACAUUGGUUUUCUGCCUCAUUUACUUGGGAGUCUUGAAAUUUGGUUUCUACAAUAUUCCUUAUUGGUUAUCGCUGUGCACCUCCUGAAGGAAAGUAUGCCGCAAACACCAACCUUUGCCGCCAUGUUUAACAGCAGUGGUUACAGCCGACAUCUAUACUCGUCCAGAGAAGAUAAUUGUGGAGGGUUGUUCUACCAAGACAACAACCUUGUGUCAGGGUCUCUGGAGGCACUGAUACAGCACCUUGUGCCAACAGUGGACUACUAUCCUGACAGGACCUACAUAUUCACCUUUCUGCUAAGCUCACGUCUUUUCAUUCGGCCUUAUGAGCUCCUAGCAAAGGUUUGCCUCAUGUGUAUUGAACAACAGAGACUGAAUGAGACCAUUGUAGAUAAGGCCAAAAUAAGGAAAUUUGCACCUAAAAUAGUACAGCUGUUGUCUGAUUGGACUGAAACAUUUCCCUAUGAUUUUCGAGAUGAGAGGAUGAUGAGGAACCUAAAGGACAUGACCCACAAGAUAGCGACAAUGGAUGAGCUACAUCGGAAAACUGUGCAGCAGUUGACUCAGAAUUUGAUCAGGAAGCUUGCUACCCUUAACCAGUAUGAAGAAGUUCUCACAAAAUUAAAUACAUCAGCCACCGACCGAUUGACUGUGCUAAGGACCAAACCACAAUCCAUCCAGAGAGACAUUGUGACCAUCUGCAAUGAUCCAUACACUUUAGCUCAGCAGCUAACACACAUAGAACUGGAACGGCUCAGUCAUAUUGGACCUGAAGAAUUUGUUCAGACCUUUGUACACAAAGACCCUUUGGACAAUAACAAGGCCUGCUUUAAUGAUCUGAAGAAAACAAGCAACCUGGAAGCCUAUGUAGAGUGGUUUAACAGACUGAGCUAUCUCGUAGCAACGGAGAUCUGUAUGCCGGUAAAGAAGAAGCACAGGGCACGGGUAAUAGAAUAUUUCAUAGAUGUUGCUCGCGAGUGCUUUAACAUCGGCAACUUCAAUUCCUUGAUGGCAAUUAUUUCCGGCAUGAACAUGAGCCCAGUUUCCAGACUAAAGAAAACCUGGGCCAAAAUCAAAACAGCCAAAUUUCAUAUCCUUGAGCAUCAAAUGGAUCCUUCUAGUAAUUUCUACAAUUAUAGGACAGCUUUGCGAGGAGCAGCCCAGAGAUCAACGACAGCCCAUAGCACCAGGGAAAAGAUUGUAAUUCCAUUCUGCAGUCUAUUGAUCAAGGAUAUUUACUUUUUAAACGAGGGUUGUGCCAAUCGUUUAAUGAACGGACAUGUCAAUUUUGGGAAAUUCUGGGAGCUGGCAAAGCAAGUCAGUGAGUUUAUGACCUGGAAACAGGUGGAAUGUCCCUUUGAGCGUGAUCGUAAAAUCCUUCAGUAUCUUCUCACAGCUCCUGUCUUCUCUGAAGAUACACUUUACUUGGCAUCCUACGAAAGUGAAAGCCCAGAGAAUCAUGUUGAAAAGGAGAGGUGGAAGACUCUAAGAUCAACACUUCUAACUAGGGUUUAGCCUAGACAUAAAGUGCUUUAUAAUUGGCCCCAAAUGUACGAUGUUUUGCAAUAACUGACCUUCAAGAGCAAGGGACUUGGGCAUCAGUGGAAUAAAAUCCGUGCACUAAGGACAAUGAAUCUCAAUGACAGUAAAACACAAAUUGGAUGCCGACUUCACUGGUCACAGACUAUAUGCGAAUGUGUGUUUUUCUUUUGUUCUGCUUGAUGCUAGCAAAUUAAUUGUGAAUUGAGGGUCUCAGAGAUGAGAGUGUGAGUACUCAUGGUUGCAAACCUCAGAAUUUAACUCUUGUGAUGUGGACUGAUCCCCGGAGUUUGCAGAACCUCAAAGCUGGGUGCUGGUCUCCACCUGGCCUUAUAAAUAUUGGGAUUUAGAUGAACCCUGGAUGGCUGCUGGUCAGCAUCAUGGAAAAAAAUGCUAAUAUAAUAACGUUCAUGACAGUGUUCACACAUAUAUAGUACUGGAAUGCAAUAGAUUUGUAUGAUAUUGCAAGUUAGUUAAAUCCAUGACCAAACUGUUUACAUAGAACAUACUGUAAAUAUUUUAUGUUGAAGUGUGAGUUACAUCUAGGUAGGCUUUGGGAUACUCUGAGAUUUAAAGCAACACUGAAGAAUGGAAAUGGUAGAAUAUGUUAUUUUGGUAUUUGUAAGAAUUUAAAAACAUUUUAAUUCUUUUAUAAGAUGUUUGGUAAUCACCACAUACUCAAAUAUUGACACAAAAACAGGGACUUUCUCUACAGGAACGCUUGCAAAUUCAUUGAUGAAACUGUAACCCAUCAUUUAACGUGCAGAAUUCAACAUUCUGUGAGUCGUAUUGGCCUUAGGAUUGUGCAAGAUCCUGUAUCGUGAAGGCUCUAUGACUUGCUUGCAGUAGCUGUAAGCAUUUAGAAACGUUUAUCCCAGAUGCAUUAUGAAAGGCAUAUGAACUCCUUAAAGAAAAAAUGAACAUGGUUCAGAGAAGUUAAAAUGCUAGUGAUUCAUUAAUGGAGCUGUCAAGAUAAUGUAUAUGUUUUUAUAAAGCAUGUGAAUGAUGGCUGAAUUUUGUAGGUUUUUAUUUCCUUCCAUUAUCUUAUUUUUUUUAAGAAGCAGUCAUAAUAUUGUGGUUAACUUAUCUGUAUAUAACUUAUACUUUUAUGUGUACAUCAUAAUGUAUUUUAAAUCCUUAGAUUGCUUAGAAGAAGUAUUUAAAAGAAAUGUGGUGGAAAUUUUGUAAAUAAUGAAUCUUCUUUUACUGUGUAAGAUUAAUUUUGUACUGAAUUUUGGCGUAGUUCAAUCUGCACAUUACUGAUGCACUAGAGAGAAAAUUCUAGUCAUGCAUUACCGGUUUGACAAUGUUAUGCAGCAGCUGUGUUUUGUGUCAGCAAGUUUUAGUGAAUCUAUCUGUAUGUAAGUUCAAUAUUUCUGUACAUCAUAAUUGUGUGAUCAAAGGGCAAAUGGCAGCAUUAGAACUUUGUAGCAGGAAUAAUUGCACCUGCACCCCACAUGAUGCAUGUUUUCAUCUGGAUGUCAACCCAGUCUACACUUUCCACCAUAUAUGGGGUUGAAACACUGCAGCUUUAAACACAAGAGAUGGGAUCACCACUACAGAGCUUUGCUAAAUAGUGUUAUUGAUCUUUUGUGGAUAGUGCUUAGGGAGAGAUUUUUACACCAUAAUUACAUUAGAUAAAUAUGGUGAAAAUUUAUAAAUGUGUGGAAAAUAGUUAACUGAGCUUAUGCUGAAUUGACCACACAUAUAUCUACUGCAGGAGAAAACAGAUAAGUGCUGACCCAAAAUGCAAAACUGAAAUAACUUGAACUUAAGUGACUUUGAGUUUAUCAGUGAAAUCUCAAGUAAAUUAUACCAUGUUGUGAA